AUGGAGCCCGGUGAUGCAGAUUGGAGUAACUUGAGCCUGGAUGAUAGGGUCGACUCCGUGCUUAGUGCCUUUGAAAAGCAAGAUGAGUCCUCAUUGGGGUCAGUGGACAACAGAUCCGACCAGGUGUAUGACAGCAAUAACCAGGCAGAUGAUGAUUUCGCCAGCACUCUGGGAAUGUACGAUGGUUAUGACAGCUACAACGAUAGUGACAUCAGCACAGACAAUGAGGAUAUAGAUGAGAAUGCCUUAGACGGGGAGCUGUUUGACAAUGAUGAGGGCAUUAGCAAGUAUCGCUUCCUCAACAACAAGGAUGGAAUGGCAAUUUGUGAAUGCUGUGGCUCGGUGGGCAUCAAGCACGCAUUUUACUCCAAGUCCAAGCGAUUCUGCAGUCUUUCAUGUUCUAGAAGCUAUGCCACCCAUCAGCGUGAAGGGAAACCGGUGACAACAAAACCCAUCUCUACUGGGAAAAGGGGCAAAUUGGGUUCUAAGAAGUUCAGCCAGAAAAUACAGCCAAAUGUGUUGAAAGCAUCUUUACGUGGUGAAACUGGUCGGGUGUUUGACUGGGGGCCUUACCUGUUGAGCAGUCAAGCCAAUGCAGUCUCUGUGUCUUGUUUCAAACAUGUGCCUAUGCAUGAUUGCUGGGAUCAGAUGGUCGAGGGGGUUCUGGUGGAGGUUCCCAACACAGACCUAGACGUCGGCAAGGACGUCAAAGUUUACUGGAUUACUACAGUUCUGAAAAUUUGUGGUUACAAAAUCCUCCUGAGGUAUGAGGGGUUUGGCAGCGACAGUUCCAAGGAUUUUUGGAGUAAUCUGCUGACAGAAGAUGUUCACAAUGUUGGCUGGUGUGCAACCUAUGGACGCAUUUUAGCACCACCGAAAUCAAUCAAGGACAAAUACUCUGACUGGAAAGAAUUUUUGAUUAAACGGUUGACCGGCACUCGUACAAUUCCUCCAAACUUUCAUGCAAAAAUGACCGAGUGGUUGGAUGGUCACAAACUGAAGCUGGGGAUGCAGCUGGAGGUGGUCAACAAAAUGUGUGUGUCUGCCAUGAGAGUAGCUGUCAUCAAAGAGGUCAUUGGUGGCAGACUUCGGCUCAACUAUCUAGACAGCAAGGAUGAAGUUGAUGAGUUCUGGUGUCACAUGACCUCACCGUUAAUCCACCCAGUAGGUUGGUCACAGACUGUCAACCAUAAGCUGCAUGCUUCGCCAGAGUACAUCAGUUCAUGUCUGAGCAAGAUUGCCAUGCACAAAUAUGGACCAUUGGAUGCAACACCGGACAUGUUUCCCAAG